UUCCGCAAAGGAAGAAGACUACACACAGGGGCAGGUGAGGUGAGCAAAUGGCGCAGUCUCUGGCUUCCGUGGCUGGCUUACGCGGCGCCUCUCAGGCGGUGCUGGAGGGAAGCCUUCAGCUCAACGGCUCCAGCCGGCUUCCUGCGCCCGCGCCCCACCACCGCGUUGCCGUUUCCCGGCCCGGCCUGGCCGUCAGAGCCCAGCAGGCUCCGGCCGAGGGCGAGGCCACGGCUCAGAGCGGCCGCCGGGCCGUGCUCGGGCUCGUGGCCGCUGGGCUCGCCGGCGGGUCCUUCGCUCAAGCCGUGCUCGCCGAGGCCAAGUCGAUCAAGGUCGGUCCCCCGCCUCCGCCCUCCGGUGGACUCCCUGGGACACUAAACUCUGAUGAACCGAGAGACCUUGACCUGCCACUGAAGGAGCGGUUCUUCCUGCAGCCACUCGGGCCGGCGGAGGCCGCGGCGAGGGCCAAGGAGUCAGCCAAGGAUAUCAUCGGCGUUAAAGAGUUCAUAGACCAGAAGGCAUGGCCGUACGUCAUGAACAACCUCCGGCUCAAGGCGGAGUAUCUUCGCUACGACCUCAACACCGUCAUCUCCGCCAAGCCGAAGGAGGAGAAGAAGCCACUCAAGGAACUCAGCGGGAAGCUCUUCGCUACCAUCAGUGAGCUUGAUCAUGCAGCGAAGAUAAAGAGCAGCUCAGAGGCGGCAAAGUACUACGCAGCGACCAAAUCCAUACUGGAUGAUGUCAUUGCCAAACUGGGCUAGAGAGAGAGAGAGAGAGAGAGAGAGAACUCAGUUUCUGCUGUGUUUUGUGUUUCUGCUGUCUGUCAUCCACAUAUGUAACUUCUCGUAAAUGGACAUUCUAAUUAUGCGUUGUGUCGCUC